CCUCCCUGUGCCUCGACAGGUUUGGGGUGUGGACUGAGUGAGUGAGACAAGCCAAAGGCUGUGAGUGUUGCUGUGCUCUCACAGUCUGACCUGGGAGAGGCACUCGCUGUGGGUUUGAGCUAACCAGGCAGCUGCCCAGUUUCUCUCUCUGCCUCUUGGAGCGGUCUCGGUCCUGUCUGGCCAUGUUUAAGUGCGGACUCGCCUUCCCCCGCUGUAAAUGGAUCCUGCCUUUGCUGCUGCUCCUCGCUAUCAUCUUCGACAUCAUCGCACUGGCGGCGAGCUCCGGCUGGGUGGACUCCAAGUAUCACUAUGCCUCCCUGUGGGAACAGUUCAGGGGCAGGGACCCCAACUGGGAACCCACCUCCCUCAUGGACUACGGAUGGGCGAAGGCUACUGCAGCACUGCUGAUAAUCGGUUGUAUCCUGUUGAUCAUUUGCUUCAUCCUGUCCAUCUUUGCUCUUUGCAAGGAGCAGUCGGGUCUGCUGAGAGUGAUUGGUAUCAUUCUCUUUGUUGCUGUCCUCUUCCAGUUCAUCGCCCUCAUCGUGUACCCGGUCAAUUUCACCAAGACCCUCAUCAAAAAUGGCAACUAUGAGUACAGCUGGAGCUAUGGCUUUGGGUGGGGGGCCACAAUCCUGAUGAUCGGCUGUGGCAUUUUCUUCUGCUGCCUUCCCAAGUACGAAGACGAACUCUACGGUCAAGCUAAGCCCAUCUAUAUCUACGGCUGAGCCCUUGGAGUCAGCGGUGGUGAAGAUUUGACUCUGGUGCCGUGCACACGUGUAUAUUUGCUGUUUCAAAUUGCCAGAGGAAUGACUAUGUUCCAUUUCUUUUUGAGAAACAAAAGAGCCUGCACAUGUUAUUACACACAAGUACUGGAUUCAACUAAGCUCUUGUUUUUAUAUGUUAAGGUAGUUUUUUUUUAAAAAAAGAAUUUUGGCUUUAAAUAGACUUGCUGGUGUUGGGGAUAGCAAGAGAUAAGAUUUUGGGGAUGUGGAAGGGGAUCGAUAUAGACACUAGACCGUCACCAAAUGCAAUUUGUAGCCAGCAUCUGAAUCUUAAAAAUUGAAAUGGCAACUCUUUCCACUUCCCUGUCUGGCAACUUCUUCCUCUUAAUAGUAUAAAUUGUGGUCCAGAUUAGGGCAAAACAAGUGUUGGCACUGGCGAGAGAAGUUGGAAUAAUGUUGAUUGUGUGAGAGAGUAUCAUGGUGUCUCAAGGUCAGAUAAGGAUUACGAUAGAAAUUACUUCCAGACGAGAGAGUGCAGAAGGUUUUUUUUAAUGCAAGGACCACGUUAAGUAUAGGAUGAUAUUGCCAUUCAAGUAUUCUUCUUUAAAUUUUUAUCUUUGACCAAAAAAUUCUAUGGCUCUUCCGAAUGCAGGCACAAACCUGUUAACCUAAAUCAGGUGAUGUUGUAUGAAAAAUAAUAAUUGACAUUCUGAAGUUUCAAUUCUGACCAUUUUAUUAAAAGUGCACAUUAUACAUAUUGUCUGUAAAUAUUUCUUCUCUGGAAUAUGAUGGUUCUAAUCAUAGGGGAGAGGGUGCAAUAGGGGGAUAUGUAUUAGAAGUUGGUCAAACUUCUGAGUGUUUAUACAGCUGGAUUGAGAAAAACAGUCUCUAAUCAGAGGAAGCAAAUUUAAGAUCAUCGGAAAAUGAACUGCACAGGUGAUUAUCUUUAUGCAACAAAUUGUUACAGUUUGCAGUACAUUGCCUGAAAGAGUAGUGGUAAAAGCACUAUUAACUUUCAAAGAGCCAUAGGAAAAAUAUUCAAAGGGCAAAUUGUGGAGAAAGAGCUAGCAUAGGAACAGUGGGCCAAAUGGCCUCCCUCUGUGUUCAUCGCUCUACAGUUCUUUACAUUAUACAUUUACACAGCUUUUCCUUGGACAUUGAAUGUUUUUAUGGCAGUUUCAUGACUAAUGAGGGAAGUAGGAAUGUGCGUUGACUCCGUGAUCAAAUUAAACAUGAUCUUAUAAAAUAGCAGAGCAGUCUCGAGGGGCCCUCUCCUAACCUGUGUCUGCUCGAGAAUGUUAUUGCACUUACAGACAAGUUUAUGAGUCAUGCUGCUUUGAAUUGUGAGGGCGGAGUGAUAAGAUACGUCUGCAAAACACUGUUUAUAAUUUGUCAGUCGGAAAGCUUCAGCUUCUCAAAGCAUGGGGUGGGGCAUGGAGAGAAAAGGUUAAAACGAUAAUUACACAUGGAGGAUUGUUAGGACGUAGAGUGGUGACAAACGUCUGUAAUAGUUUUGCAAAAGGCAAGCAAUUGAUGGUUUGAAAUGUGGAUAUGGGAAAAAGAUUGGAGGAUUUUUGUAAGUGGUUAGUUCUUUCAGAGUUGUCACAAAUGGAAGAACUUUCUGAGCUCUUAGGUUUUAUGAUAUUACAUUUAAGCUUGGCUGUGUCAGUAUAACUCUUACCUAACAGUCUGGAGUCUAUGUAUCACCAAUUCCAUUGAAGAAUAAACUUGCAUUUAUAUAGCACCUUUUAACAAUCUUGGAACUUCCCUGUAGUGAUUGGAAUGAGGCCAGCUAGGUGCACCUUGUAGAAUAUGAGUUCCCUGAUUGAACCAGGUCAACAGCCCCAAUCAGGGACUCCUGGCUGGGAGUUGCCUCUGAGCUAGCUGGGUCAGUGUCAUGUACUAUGCACGUGUAAAUAAAGGGUGACUUGGUGACAGGA